GGCACGAGUUAGUCCUUUGAGUCCUCUGUUGUGGUGACAACUGUGAUCUGCAAGAGCGUGGGGCUGUAGGCCUAUAAUAUAAGAGGAAAAUUCAUCUAUUCUCGCUCAGUUCACGGUGAAGAUAACCUGAUAACUGCGUAGUACCAGGAUGGGCAAAUAUAACCUACAAAUGCGGUCGUCUAAUUCCACGGAAGAACCCGUUCUAACAGCAACGGUGAAGAGUAUUGAGAACGAUGCCGUUGCGGGCCAAGACACGUGCAAAAACGAACCGAACGGCCAUUGUCACGCAUCCAAUCUACAGAUGGCGUCGCUCGCAGGACUUACAACAGAGAAGGACGUUGAUGUACUCAGGUCCAGCGACGGAGGCCAGAAUGCGAAAAGUGGACAGGAAGAAGACCAAAAACAAGAGGAGACACGCCCCAGAAUUAUUAGUCAGGUGGCGGCGACGUUGGUGAUGGCAUUCAUCCACGUGGGAGUCGGCGCUGUCUACGGGUACUCGGGGGUAACGCUGCCCGAACUCACUGACCCCGACACGCAGGACCUGUUCCUCGGCCCGUAUGAGGUGUCGUUACUCGCCAGCCUUUCGGAUCUCGGCGGAGCGUUCGGAUCCGUCGUCGGGGGGGUGCUGCUGAUGAGACUCGGCCAGCGAACGACCGCCCUCCUCGGCCUGCCCAUCAGCGCCGCCUGCUGGCUCGCCAUGGCCUUCGCACACUCCCCGACGCUCCUGCUCUCGAUGUGGUUCGUCGUGGGCUUCGUCACGGGGUUCCUGUCGCCUGCCGCGAGUAUGUACGUCUUGGAAGUCUCCCAUAAGAACAUACGCGGCCUCCUGUUCGGCAUCGUCACGACCGCCCGUCGAUUCGGGAUUAUUUUCGUGUUCGGGAUCGGGGGUUUGAGGGUCGGGUGGCGCGCCAUCGGCUUCGCGAGUUCGGCCCUGGUUGCCGUUCCUCUGGUCGGUUUGCUCUUCAUGCCGAGCUCCCCGCGAUGGCUGGUCACGCGCGGACGCUUAGAGGAGGCCAAGGACUCGCUCUCGUUCUUCAGAGGGAAGUCCUACGACGUUUCCUCCGAACUGGCUUCCAUCGUCGAGCAAGUGGAGCGCAGUCAGAGGCGCAAAAGUGGCUUCAAAGACCAGCUGCGCAUGAUGAUGGAACCUUCCACCAGAAGGGCCCUGGCGCUGAUGGGAUUCCUAUCGCUCUUAUCGCCUUUUAGCGGCAUCGUGGUUGUUAUAGGCUACGCAGUUCCGAUUUUACAGAUAACUAAGGCGGAUAUAGACGCGUACAUGAGUGCUCUCUUGACCGCCGUGGUGUUCGCCGCCGGAACUGUGAUCCAUAUCUGCAUCGUCGACCGUGUGGGCCGAAAACCCCUUCUGGUUGUGUCAUUCCUCUUUUCUACCCUCUGCAUGGCAACAUUAGGUGGGUACUUCUAUGCCCAGACCACGGAAAUAGACGUCAGUGCCUACGGCUGGGCCCCCGUCGCCUCCAUGGUCGCCUUCCUCUUCUCCAUGGGCGUCGGGCAGCCAGUCAUCAACAUCCUACAGGGAGAACUGCUUCCGACGUCGGUGCGAGCCACGGGCAUCUCGGUCAUCCUGAUAUUCAUGUACCUGGGCAGUUUCGCGUCGGCGUUCACAUACCCCAUGAUCACCUCCGCUAUGCGUGCAUUCUGGAUUUACAGCGGAGUAUGCAUUACCAUAGUGAUCGUUGGCGCCGUCUGCUUGCCCGAAACACGAGGUCGCGCCCUCGAGGAGAUCACGAAAGCCGCGCCCGCUGACAACGUCGGAGAGUGAUUUGAUUGCAAGAAUUGGAACUAUUAAAAUUGCGGAAACUA